AUGGGCUCAGCUGGGUUCUUUUUGAUAUGUAUUUUGCAUUCUGUUCUAGCUCUAACAUGUGGAACCUUUAUGAUGUUUUACACCGAGAGAUUUCAGUUGUUUAGUCAUGGUAUUGAGGUUGCAACAUUUGUUAAAGAUCGAGAAUUCCAGAGCUUCUUUGCUAAAGGGUGUGUUCUUCUUCAUGUUUCAGUAGCUGUUUGGAGAGUUUACUUCGGAAGGGCGCUUGAGGAUCUUGCUCAUGAUUUGCCUAGGCAGGUUGUUGGAAUAUUGCAUUACUCUUUCAUGGAUUUUCUUUCUUGUGUAUUCAUGGAGAGAAAUUGCAGGGUGAAUCUUUACUGUUUCGGAUAUUUGGAGAGCAAGCGCAAACUAGAUCCGGGUUAUGGUGGUGCAUUGCUCUGUUUCUGA